CAGAGCAAACAGCGCUCAGAGAGAGACACACAGACAGAAGAGAGCAGUCACCGCUUUUCAUACUUUAGAUCAGACCUCUCCAUCAUGGGUUCGUUUCUGGCUCGCUCUCCCUUCUCCGCCGGAUAAACUUUUGGACUUACUUACGUAUCAUGGGAAUAUACCGUGGGUGCGCUCGGACCCGUGGAUUUAUACAGCCUUGAUGGAAAUCAUGUCACCGCAGCAGGGGACCAUGGGACAGAACAGGUCCGACUCUCUGACGGGAGAGAGCAAGGCGCUUCCCGACAGCAAAAAGAAGAUGAAGACCCUGGCGCAGAGACGACAGUCAGCUCCUUCACUCGUCAUCAGCAAAGCACUCACCAGAUCAAGAAGCACGUCCAGGGAAAGCUGCUUGACGCCAGUAAGCCCAGAGACUUGUCCUCUAGUCCAGGCCUUCCUGGCUGAGUGUCCAGGCCGUCUGUUCCUGGGUCACGCCCAAACACAGCUAAAGACCGGCUUGCAGAUCCAGGAGAGACACCUUUUCCUCUUCACAGACACCCUGCUCGUCACCAAGGCCAAGUCUCCUACUCAUUUCAAGGUGAAGGCUCAGGUCCGGGUUUGCGAGAUGUGGACGGCUAACUGCAUGGAGGAAGUGUGCGAAGGAAGCACGAACCCCGAGAGGAGCUUCGUGAUGGGCUGGCCCACCUGUAACUGUGUAGCCACCUUCAGCUCUGAAGAGACUAAGGACAAGUGGCUGGCGCUCGUCAACAGUCGGAUAAGUGAGGGAAAAGAGAAGGACGACCCAAAGACCAUUCCUCUGAAAAUCUUCGCAAAGGAUAUUGGAAACUGUGCAUAUGCCAAGACGCUUGCGGUCAGCAACACAGACAGCACCACUGAAGUCAUCCGCAUGGCUCUGCUGCAGUUCAGCAUAUCAGGUUGCGUUAAAGACCACCGGCUGUGGGUGAGCUCCAUUAAGGAUGACCCUCCAUAUCCACUUAUCGGCCACGAGUUUCCCUUCAGCAUCAAGAUGAGCCACAUUCGAGACGUUGGGAGCAAUUGUGGAGGACUUGGAGGAGGAGGAGGGAAGGAUGUGCUGAGUCCCACAGACUGCCCAGGGGUUCUUCUGUUGGACCAGUGUCUCCCUCCAGACACGCAGUGCCAAUUUAUACUGAAACCCAACAAGGCUGUCGUUGGGCAGACUCAACUUUUAGAGCCUGGUCAGCAGAAGUCUUUUAAGAGAAAGAGAUCUCUAAUCAAUUGGCCUUUCUGGAGAGGUUCGAGCACACAGCUGGACGGCGUGCCCCUGUCCCCAACCUUGCUCUCCGCCGCUCACGGUCGGCUGUUCGGACAGCCCUUGAGCUCCAUCUGCUCUCCAGAAAACGGCCUGCCUAAACCUGUCAUGGACAUGCUGGCAUUUCUGUACCUGGAGGGGCCAUACACCAGAGGCGUCUUCAGGCGUUCAGCUGGAGCAAAAGCCUGCCGGGAGCUCCGAGACAGGCUGGACAGUGGGAGCGAGGACGCGGAGAUCACACACCAGUCUGUGUUCGUCAUCGCUGCUGUCCUCAAGGACUUCCUGCGAAAUAUCCCAGGCAGCAUGCUGUGCGUGGACCUGUAUGACCAGUGGAUGGAAGCGAUGGAAGGAGGAGAGGAGAGGAUACCAGCUGUCCAGAGGCUCCUCCACCUCCUUCCCAGUGACAAUCUGCUGCUGCUGCGACACGUGAUCGCGGUACUCCACUGCAUACAGGGCAGUGCCGACGACAACCAGAUGAACGCCUUCAACCUGUCUGUCUGCAUUGCUCCCAGCAUGCUCUGGUCUCCGGCGCCAAGCACCCCUGAGAUGGAAGGGGAGGCCACUAAAAAGGUUUGUGAGCUUGUUCGCUUCCUAAUAGAGAACUGCAGCACCCUCCUGGGGGACGUCACAUCACUCUUCAGAACCUUCAGCCAGAAGAGCAGCAGCAGCGACCAUGGAUCUGAUGUGUCGUCCUUCCAGAUGAACGACUCGUCUUACGACAGUCUGGAGAACGAGCUGAACGAUGAUCCCGAGUCUCCCUUCCAGGAACAGCUUCCGCUUCGCGACAAAGACAAGCCGGACAGCUGCAGCCGUGACUCUGUCAUCACGCUCAGUGAUGGCGACCCCGAACCUGACCCCGAUUCUAACCUUUUGCUGCAGCUCCCGCCUCUGGCCAGACCCAGUAGGUUCAGUCCCGUGGUUCGACAGCCUCGCAUACGCCACGCCAACGGCUCGUCGCAGGGUCCUAGGAGACUGAGGAGGAGCUCAGAACCGGCCUUAGCCCUGGCUAGCAUGCCGAGUUCAAGCAUGGUGUUGGCUCAUGCUGAUAAUCGCCACCCGUCAGUGAGGAAGGCGAGCUACGAUGCUGCCAUGGAGGGGGAAGCAGAUGUGGAUGAGGUUUUUCUUGAACAGGGGCUGAACGGGCUGCAGCUGAAAGAGGAGGGAGAGGAUGGCUGUGAGAAGAGAGGAGUCAAAAUCCAGAACAGCGGGCGGAGGAAGACGAAGCAUGCCCCUCCACCGCCACUGCGACUGGAUGCCAGUUGUUCCAGUCUGUCUUCACCGGCAACCUCACCAACCGGCUCCUCCCUCAGCUCCUUAGACUCUGCUUUCUCACAGUACUCCACUGACUACGCCACAAAUGUGCCACUUCCGUUAAAUGAACCCCUUCCUCUCUCCCCCCUUUUUCCUGGACGCCCACAGCAGUCCUCAAGGAGCUCUCCCCCUCAGAGAGAAGCGCUGGCUCAUUGGCCACAAGCCACCCAACCCCCUCGAACCUGCCAAAGUGCUUCCCACUCUCAUGGCCUCCACCCUAACACGUGGCUUAAAAGGGACCGGUGCCUGACGCUAAGGCAGCCCGAUAGUGGACACACUGAGGAGGACCUGCCCGUGGUUAACGGGAAAUCCUUCUCAACCACUAACUGCUUCUCUGUCAGUGCCCAGGAGGCCAUGGUGACAAAUCAAGACUGCAGACAUAGGUCAAGCAGCCCUCCAUCUUACCAGCAGGCUCUGCUGCAGCUGCAGCGCAGCCACUCUCCUUUUUACGGUGCGACAGAGAAGCCUCUGACAGUCAAAGAUCUGAGACAGCUCCAUGACCAGACCUCUCCUAACAAACUCAAACCAAACCCAGGAGCUGAGAUCGCACAGAGGCUGGCUGAAGGUGGCUGCGUGCAGCCCCCAAAAGGUGUUUUCUUUGGACAGAGUGCCACCACUCUGGUGCUCCAAAGACAAAAGUCCCACUCUCUAACUCCUGCCAUGGACAUCCACAGAGGGAGGAAGACCCUUCCUCGCCGAGCAUCUGAGCCUGCUAAGGUCAAUGUGAACUCUAACCGUGGCCCCAGCCUUAUCUUAGACAGACUUCCUGCUUCUAAAGCCCGGCCCCAAGACGGCAGAGCGUCAGAUAACCACGCCAAGCCGCGCCUCUGCUUGUCGCCCUCUGCCACCAGGGCUGUAAGGGACUACUUUUCCUCACAAGGUCAAGAGGAUGUGGACGCCUGCCUGCAGAGGAGUCAUGAGGUCGCGCUAGCAAUUGUGCAGGGUAAGAAGGAGUGGCAGAACAGGCGGUGCAGUGACCCGCGGCUGGAGGACUUUGAGCAACUUUUUUUUGCAGAAGAAUCGUAUGUGUAAAAAGGAACUUUGGAAAGACAAACUGUACAGGGGAGACUGACUUUCAUGUGAUAUUGUAACUUGUACACAACUGUCUUUUUAUUGUAUUAUUUUUCAUAUACUCCUUUAACCUGUUGCUGACUACUGUAAUGGUACAUCAGCGGUUUAAGAUUUUUAUGAGGUACAGAUGCAGUGUCAGUGUAGCGUCUCGAACACCAAAAAUCUGGUUUCUCUGGACAAAAUGUUUCUCUCACCGCGUCCUUGUGCACCUUCCAGAUCUAUGGUUGUUUCUUUUUCAGCAUGUGAUGAAAGUCUGGAGAGCUUGUCAGCAGUAAGAAAAAGAAACGACAAAGAAAUCCUUUUUUUCAUGUUUGGGAAGCUUUCAAAAUGUUUAGAAAGCAAGCAGAGCAUCCAUUACAGCUGAUGGGAAACGAAGGCCGUGACAGUACAAACAGUAACAUUAAAAACUUGAGCAACAUUCGUGCCGCUCGUGACCGAUCGCAACCAUGAAGUGAACUAAUUCUUUUCCAGUGACUGAAGUGUUUGUCUGAGUCAGUGAGUCGGUGGGGGCAGUUUUUGUGUUCGUAUAAGCAUCCUGCAGACACACAGCACAGCGUCGUCCUCAGUAAGUCUGGUUAAUUUCUCUGACCUGGAAGGAGAAGAUAUCUGCGUGUGUGUGUGUGUGUGUGUGUGUGUGUGUGUGUGUGUAAAAGAAAGCAUUGCUGAUUGUCAGCGUGCCGCUGAAAGAGAAAUCGCAUUUAGUUUUGCUUUCAAAGCACUUAAUUAUCCUCAUCAGGACCCUUUGGGUAUCGCAAGGAGACACCUUGUUGAGCAAGUGCAUGUUGAGUUGGAUGUGCCAGUUUGUGUGUUUUGUCCAUACAUGUAUGAUCUUUUUGUUCCAGCGCUGCAGUGUUGACUCCAUAGUGACACUUAACAGUAAAUGGCCUUAUUCCACUGUCUAUUACCGUGAUGAAAAGUAUGUAAAUACAUACCCACAGAUAAUGUUAGCUAUUGUUAGUUUGCACCAGUAAUAAACAGUGUUAUCUCUUACAUAGCUUCUUCACAGGACCACACACACAGAAGUAAGGCCAUUGUCAUGUGCUGCCAUUUCAAAUGAUCUCAUAGAGUACUUUGUCCUGUAUUAUUAUUAAUAUUAUUAUCUCCUUUACAGAACUGUGUUCAGCCUGUAUAGUUCUCCAUAUUUAUGAUGCAGAUAUAUAUAUAUAUGUAUAAAUCUCUAUAUAAAUAUAUUAUCUUGUUGUUUCGUAUGUUGUGUGUGGUGUGAGGAAAUCAAAUGUGUAUUUUUGUACAUGCCAAUUCUGCUGCUGCUGUCUUUAUAGAAAGAGUAUUUGCUACCAAAUGCACCCUUUGUAUAUUGUGUACAUCUGAAUUCCAGCAGGAAUUCACAAGAACCAAAAUAUAAUUGAUUUCAAUAAAUGUUGCUCUCGUGAAACUA